UCAUUCACUACACAGUAACAAGGCGGGAGCCCGAAUUAAAACAUUAAAAGUAUCGUGUUUUAAUGUUUUUUUUCUGUCAUUCACGUUUUGCGAAGAGGAGGGGGGCAGCUCUCGUGACGUUGAGUGGAAUACCACCACCACGUGACGCUGACGUCGUCCAUAUUUUGGUAAGACAUCAGGAAGUGCGGAAGAAGGCGAAGACCGAAACCCGAAGGGCUGAAGUUUUACUGACUAGUUUUGCUUUAUUUAACACAUUUUUCCCCGUGGACUGUCCGUAAGGAUUUUAUCGUGUAAUUGUUGGAUUCGCGAAGAGUCGCCUCAAGAUGCCGAGCAUGGAAAAAAAUCUCUUCAAUUUAAAGUUUGCUGCCAAAGAACUCCAAAGAAAUUCCAAGAAAUGUGACAAAGAGGAAAAAAUUGAGAAGACUAAAGUCAAGAAAGCCAUCCAGAAGGGGAAUAUGGAAGUGGCAAGGAUCCAUGCAGAAAACGCCAUCAGACAGAAGAACCAGUCUGUGAACUUCCUGAGGAUGAGCGCUCGGGUAGAUGCAGUGGCUGCAAGGGUCCAAACUGCACUUACAAUGAACCAGGUCACAAAAUCUAUGGCUGGAGUGGUGAAAGGCAUGGAUUCCACUCUGAAGAGUAUGAAUCUGGAAAAGAUUUCAGCCCUCAUGGACAAAUUUGAACACCAGUUUGAAACUCUGGAUGUUCAGACAGCCCAUAUGGAGGACACCAUGAGCAGCACAACAACACUCACAACACCACAAAAUCAAGUGGACUCGUUGCUGCAUGAAAUGGCUGAUGAAGCAGGAUUGGACCUGAACAUGGAGCUCCCUCAGGGCCAGACAGGAUCAGUGGGGACCAGCGUGGCCUCUGCAGAACAGGAUGAACUGUCUCAAAGGCUCGCCAAACUCAGAGAUCAAGUGUAAAGGACGACUGCAGUGGACUGUGAACGUAAUGCAUAGCUCUAGGAUGCCCGUACACUACCUGAAUAUUACUCCAAAACACAUUUUUAUUUACAUUUCCUCUUUAUAUCUCAUGUGUCUCUGUCGAGGAGUUACUGUAUCAUUGUUUUGUUUUCCGCAGAUACCGGCCCUUGUUGGUUCUGUGUGUUUUAUAAUAACCUUUGGAUACCUUUAUGUAAACUAACAGAGAUGCUGGUUAUGGAAAAUGUAUAUAUUUCUUAAAUAUACAUAUUUACUCAUGAGGAAGAUGUUUAAUAUGUAUACUUAAGAACUCCAUAAAUUUUUUGAAAAUAUGGAGCAUGGCAGUUAUCACCCUGUAUUUAUUGGCCAAUUUCAAAUGCUCUUGGUGAAGAAUAAACUCAAGGUUGUGCACUAUAGAAUUCAAUUUUUGUUUCAUAUAUGCAUGAUUGCAGAAAACAUAAAUGCAUUUUCUCUUCUUGGUGUGAAAGACCUUCCCUCUUAAUGUUGAAUUGUGUUGAUUUCUUGUAUUUUACUUCUGACGAAUAUCUUAAGAAGAUACCGGAUGUUUAGCCCAUGUGUUUGUCUGGUCAUCUUCAGUAUUUUCACUGAUCAUUUGGGAAGGGGUUACAGUUUGGAGAUUACAUACAGUAAGUAAGCAAUGAAAUGUUGUAAUACUUUUAUCCCUUUUCUUUUUUUAAUAAAUCGAUUUAUACAUUUCA